GCACACCAAGCCCUAUGCCCCGCCUUUUGGGUACUGGCUGACAUUUUUCUUUUUCUUGAAAUGGGUUUGUUUAUAAGGCUGACCACUGCCUCAGAACAGCUAGCACAGCUAAGACGCCAUUUUUGUGUAUACUUUCAUAGAAGAUACUAUGUUAGCCCACUUGUCAUCUCUAAGUGACGGUUUUGUAGACAUAAUUGUAGAUUUGUGAAUCUUUCGCCGUUUAUCCAUGCAGCUAGUUCAGCACAAUGUAACGUAAUGCUGUGACGUUGACAGGAAAGUCCGAGGAAGCGAAUAGACCAAGACAUUCAUGGUACCGUUCGGACAAAAGUGUCAUCUUGCUUAUCUCGUUCACAUGUUUUUCUUUUAGUUAGCAGCUAUCUUUUGUUUAAAACUGGCCUGACAGGGAGUGCAUUUCACGUUAGCAUGGCAUCAGACACGAGUGACACGGAGGAGUUCUACGAUGCUCCGGAGGACGUACAUUUCAGCCCAUCUCCCAAAGUGUCCCCUGCAAAGUUUGUCAUUCCUUCCCUAAAGCUGGCGCCAAGGUCUGAUGAGCAUGACAGUUUCGGAGAGCCUGCCACUGAGACUGCGCAAGAAGAUUCCCUACAUAUCAUUGAUAGCAUCAUUGAGGAGAGUCAAAUGGAAAAUGGUGCUGUUGCUGAGCUGUUGGAUCAGCUCCAUGUUGAUGUGACUGUGGAAGCGGAGUCAAAGCAAGAGAGGAACACCCAGCAAGUUCCUGUUACGGUUUCAGUUGCAGCUGAUAAACCGCAGCCUAUCGAGAGGCCCGGGGAGCAGCCUGAAUGUUUGGGAAGAAAUGGAGUGUGUUCUCUGCCUGCCCCUGAUCCGGUGGAUCUCCCCGGACCUUCAGUUGGAACACAGAAAUGUGUUCAGCCCCCAGACAUCACCAGCACAAUAGGGCAGAGUAACUCUGAUGGGGCACUUGUAGUCGCAGAAGAGGGGCAGGAGCCCGGGUCCGCUGACAUUUUAGAGCGGGUUCCGUUCGCAGACAGGCCAAUGGACUCUAUGGACACAUCAGGACCUACAAAACCACCACGGCAGGUUACGGUAGAGCCAGACAUUGUAGCCAGCACCAAGAAACCUCCACCGUCACGACCGCGGCCUCCUAGCGGAGCUCCUCCACCAAGACCGCCUCCACCAGCUUUUCAGAAUCUCCCUUCUAAGAAGUCUCAGGAGUGUCUCAGGCCCAGUAUGCUGGAAGUAGCUACAAUGAGUCCAGUCAGCAGCGACCCUCUGGAACCAUCUGGUCUCAUGUCUCCGAGUAGCACCGUGAGGAGUUUAACCAGAGAGUUGCAGCACUCUUUGGAUCUGGCCAGUGCCACCAGUGGGGACAAGGUGGUGACUGCACAGGAGAAUGAGGAUGAGGAGGCCUUGUCUCAGAUUGAGGGACAAGUUCCAGGCCCGCAGCGUCCACGCUCCAACUCGGGUAGAGAACUCACUGACGAGGAAAUCCUGGCCAGUGUGAUGAUCAAGAACCUAGACACUGGGGAAGAGAUCCCACUAAUCCAGGCAGAGGAAAAACUUCCUGCUGGGAUUAACCCCCUCACUUUGCACAUCAUGCGCAGGACCAAAGAGUAUAUCACUAAUGAUGAAGCACAGUCAGAUGAUGAUGACAAGUCACAGGCUCCACUGGCAGACACAGAUGGGGGAAAACUAAAACAGAGAACAACUCAGUUUAAGAAAUUCCUGGGCAAGUCUGUGAAGAAGGCCAAGCAUUUUGCUGAGGAAUAUGGAGAAAAGGCAGUAAACAAAGUGAAAAGUGUUCGCGAUGAAGUUUUCCACACAGAUCAAGACGACCCAUCCUCCAGUGAUGACGAAGGGAUGCCUUAUACCAGGCCUGCCAAGUUCAAGGCAGCACACAGCUUUAAAGGUCCUUUUGACUUCGAUCAAAUCAAGGUUGUGCAGGAUUUGAGUGGCGAGCACAUGGGGGCCGUGUGGACAAUGAAGUUCUCUCACUGUGGCAGGCUGCUGGCAACCGCUGGCCAAGAUAACGUGGUUCGCAUCUGGGUCUUAAAGACUGCCUUUGACUAUUUCAACAAUAUGAGAUUGAAGUACAACACGGAAGGUCGAGUGUCACCUUCCCCCUCGCAGGAAAGCUUGUGUUCCUCCAAAUCUGACACUGAUCCUGCGGCCAGUUGUGCGCCAGAGGACCCAGACACAGAAGACAGGAAUGCCCCUUUUCGACAGGUCCCUUUCUGCAAGUACAAAGGCCAUACAGCAGAUCUAUUGGAUUUGUCUUGGUCAAAGAACUUCUUUCUGCUCUCGUCAUCCAUGGAUAAAACAGUCAGACUGUGGCACAUUUCCAGGAGAGAGUGUCUCUGCUGCUUUCAGCACAUUGAUUUUGUCACUGCAAUCACAUUCCAUCCCAGGGACGACAGAUACUUUUUAAGUGGCUCUCUGGAUGGAAAGCUACGAUUGUGGAACAUUCCGGACAAGAAGGUGGCACUAUGGAAUGAGGUGGAUGGCCAAACGCGCCUCAUCACUGCUGCCAACUUCUGUCAAAAUGGGAAGUACGCUGUCAUUGGCACCUAUGAUGGAAGGUGCAUCUUUUAUGACACAGAGCGUCUGAAAUAUCAUACCCAAAUACACGUGAGGUCCACCAGAGGUAGGAACAAAGUUGGGAGAAAAAUCACUGGUAUUGAACCAUUACCAGGAGAGAAUAAGAUUUUGGUGACCUCAAAUGAUUCCCGCAUCCGCCUUUAUGACCUGAGGGACUUGUCUCUAUCCAUGAAGUACAAGGGUUACGUCAACAGCAGCAGUCAGAUUAAGGCCAGCUUCAGCCAUGACUACUCCUUCAUCGUCAGCGGUUCAGAGGAUAAAUAUGUGUACAUCUGGAGUACUUACCACGACCUCAGCAAAUUCACAUCUGUACGCCGAGACCGCAAUGACUUCUGGGAAGGGAUUAAAGCGCACAAUGCUGUGGUCACGUCCGCCAUUUUCGCUCCUCACCCGGGUCUCAUUGUGCCACAAGAAGUUGGUACAGAAAAACCAGAUGCUGAGUGCAAGAGCCUGGACUCUGAAUCUGAAACAAUUCCCUCAGGUGCCCUAAAGACGGAUCACACAGAGGUUCUACUUUCUGCUGACUUCACUGGAGCCAUCAAGGUUUUCAUUAAUGUGAAGAAAUACUGAGCUCCGUGAGCCUUCUCUUUGUAACUCACCCAGAUAAUUGUUUUAGCUCCAAGCGUGACGGCUGCGCGCGUCACUGCUCGACCUUUCAUCUUAAAUACCAAGCAACUGUGAGUAGUGUGGAAUUUAUAAAAAGCUCUAAUUGCCAAUGCUACCGAGAUGUGGAUUAAGCAAAGACAAUGUGUCUGCGUCGUGUUCAUUGACAGCCUUAUGGUAGGUCAAUACAUAUCUGGAUAGCUUCUUUUGCAGCCACAUUUUUCAGUGUUCUUAUCCUCUCAGACGUUAAAUGUCUUGAAACCACGAUUUGUAAAUGUGCCUAAAAAAAAAAAAAAUUCAGCUUCUCGCCAUUUCCUCAACUGCUAAUAGAAACAUUUCAGAUAAACCUGUACGUUUAUUAUUGAAUAGGGUCAGGUAUCUUAUGUUCUUUUCAAAAACACUAAUGGGUCUACAUUUGAUACAUUUCACUAUAUUAGGACUCUAGAUUUACAAUGUAACAAUGCACACCAAUUGCUUUUGAAAGCAUCUUACCAAUCUAUUGAUGUCCUCAAUAAAAACGCUUAUUUUUAA